CUGCACGCUCCACACAGCCUCUAUAUAAAUAUAUGUGUGUGUGAAGAUACAACUACGGCUAUACAAUGAACGCUCGGGAAGUUGUAACUGUAAGCAGAAGCUUGAGAAGUACCAAUGGUAGCGAUUUUGCUUGCAACACGUCUGUUCUACGACGCUGGCCUGAACAUUAUUUAACUACCUCGCGGAGGAGUGCCUGAACGGUUUUGAUCGCGCUGUGCGGGCUUUCUUGGAAACAUGUUGAGAACGCCAUCCGGACUAGAUUGUCUUUACGAACAGGUACCGGCCAAUAGUGAGAGCGAAAAUAAUAAGGCAGGCGCUCGGACCAAUGCUACGCGCGCAAAAAAAAAAAAAAGUGAAUUUCGCGCUUAUAGUUUCCGCAGAGCUUCGAAUUGUGUGAGCAGCUAAUCUCUAUAUAUCGUACCCGUCGCCAUGCGGGAACUAUUCAGAUCACCGACCUACAGAUCCAGAACAACGUAGAGUUGUGUGAGUUAAUGUUGUAAGUACAUGGCGGAAAACAGCCGCGAGGAGAAAAAAAAAAAAAAACAAUCACAGAGAAGCUCGACAGACGGCAAUCGCUCCUGCGUCUGUCGCCGUGUGCCCGUCCGCUCGCUCUGUUUUCGAUCGUGCACAGGUGUAGUGUUGCAGCACCGGGUCUGUUUGCGUGCAUGCGUGCAUGCGUACGCGACGGAAGCGCUCCCCCGUCAGUGGUAUCUUGUCUCGCGCAGCCAGCGCGGACCGCCGGCCGGCCGCGUGAGCAGCGCCAUGGGCGUGUCCGAGGGCGGCCUGGCCAACGGCCACGGGCCGGGCUACUCCUACCUCAAGCGCCUCUGCCGGGAUCGGGGCACGCUCUUCGAGGAUCCGGAGUUCCCGCCCUCGAACCGCGCCCUCUCCUCCAAGAACAAGUACGCCAGCGCCCAGGUCGUCUGGAUGAGGCCUUACGAAAUAUGUGCCAGACCAAAGUUUAUCUCUGAAGGCUCGUCGCGGUUUGAUGUCGAGCAAGGAGAACUGGGCGAUCGCUGGCUACUGUCGGCCAUCUCGUGUCUGACGAGCACGCCCCGGUUCCUGGACCGCGUGGUGCCGUCCGACCAGGGCUUCGGGCCGGGAUACUGUGGCUUGUUCCGCUUCCGCUUCUGGCGCUUCGGCGAGUGGCACGAGCUGGUCGUCGACGACCGGCUACCCACGCACCGGGGGCGCCUCUUCUACAUGCACUCGGCCGACCCCAGCGAGUUCUGGGCGGCGCUGCUCGAGAAGGCGUACGCCAAGUUCUAUGGCGGCUACGACCAGCUGCAGGCUGGCCACACGGGCCGCGCGUUGCAGGACCUGACGGGCGGCGUGGCGCAGACCUUCCGCAUGGCGCACGUGGACCCGCCCAUGGCUUUCUCCAUGGUGUCCAGCGCGGUGCCCCGUUCCACACUCAUGGCCGCCUGCAUCAUACCGGACCAUCACAAGGGCCCGGCACGACUAAAUAAUGGAUUGUACACUCAACAUGCCUACAGUGUGACGGGGAUAGCAAAGGUGCGCGUCAAACAGGGAGAGGUGACGCUCAUCCGGCUGCGCAACCCGUGGGGCCGCGGCGAGUGGAACGGGCCCUGGAGCGACCGUUCCUGGGAGUGGGACAGCCUCUCCGAGAGGGACCGGCAGCUGCUCGGACUGCGGCAACCGCCCUCCGAUGGAGAGUUCUGGAUGUCCUUCGAGGACUUCACGCUGAACUUCACGCAUCUGGACCUCGUGCACAUCGGGCCGGACGACUGGAUGCAAGAGGCGGCGCUCCACAGUAAGAAGCCCUGGCGCGCCGUGCUGGCCAGGCGUCGCUGGAGGGCCGGGUACAACGCCGGUGGGGGACCAAGCCACCCAGAGACCACGGGAUGCAACCCACAGUUCCACGUGCAAAUUCCAAAGACAAACUCAAGUAAAUGCCACAUGGUUGUGUCCGUGACGCAACAGUACGUCACAGACGUCCUUCGAGACGCCGGAAAGAAGCCCACGUUGCACCCGGUUGGUUUCGCCAUAUACGAGAUCCCGGCGAACCUGACACGGCUGACGACGCAGUUUGUGGCCACGCAUCGGCCCUUGGACGUCACGGUGCACACGACGACGCGCGAGACGGUCACCUUCUUCACGCUGCCCGCCGGCGACUACAUCGUGCUGCCCUGCACCAGUGCGCCCAACUGCGAGACGCGUUUCCUGCUGCGCAUCUUCACCGACGAGCACAGUAACGUGUGGGAAGUCAACGACGACAACCUAAUCUACCGCAACUUGAGCUUGACAAAGAAUGGGACCACGGGUCAUCCAAAAGGACCUGCCAUGUUUUCCAAGCUAGCGCACAAGCUACCAUGUGAGCUUGACGCCUACAUGCUGCUCAAGAUAUUGCGGGCCAUCUCCAGAAAAAACCUGUGCCUUUCAGAUACGCAGCUUCUGCUGGAGAAGCCUACUCUGGAGUUGUGCCGGCACCUCGUCAUGCUGAAGGAUCCCGUCAUAAACGGAAAGAUCAGCAUCAAGGACGUGCCCUUAAUCCUGAGCAUGCUGCACUUUUGGCGGGGCGUCUUCGUAAAGUUUGACCGGCCGCACAAAGGGCGAACAAGCAGCUUCAACCUGAGGCCGCUUUUGUGGGAGGCAGGGAUCACGGUGAGCAACAAGGUACUGGAAUGCUUGGUCAUCCGCUACACCAAAGACUGCACCAUCACAGCGGAGGCUUUCAUCGGAGCUCUAGUCAAGCUGUACCUGGCUCAUGACAGGUACAGCCAAGUGGAAAAGAAGCUCAAGGAGAACACCAUCUCCCUGGAAGAGAUGAUCUUGAUGACGGUGUACUCCUGAGAUCUGAAGAACAAAGCGAGAUAAAUUUACGAAGCCAUCCCGAUCCUGUCGUGGUGCCGGGUUCCAUGGACAGAGACUUCGAUAUAGGCGAGCCACGCGCCGUGGCUCCAAAGUAUGUAAUAUAUGCUAAUCUAUUGAAAACCUUUAUCGAGAACUUUGUACCUUGCGUGCGUGUGCGAGUGUGCGCUCGUAUGUGUGUGCGUGCCUGCCCAAAGCGACAUCUUUAUAGUAUAUCUUUCACUGAGCGCAAGAAGGAAAUAAAGGAUGUCUUUUUACAAUAC